AUGCUGGACCUGUUUAACCUACUCGGAUGGGGUGACUUUUGGAAUGGGGAGGACUUGCCCUCAAGUGCAUCAUCGCGUCUAGUUCACAUUGUGAAUAUUUCACAGAGUCAACCACCAUGGCUGGCUCGACCGCUAUACGGCCUAGCCGCUCCGGCCAUCAUCCUCGUCACGCUGGUCACUAAUUCAUUCGUGAUUGUAGUGCUAUCUAAUAAGAAUCUUCGUACACCCACAAAUUACAUUCUCUUAUCCAUGGCCAUUACUGAGCUUAUGACUGGUCUCUCGUCUUGUCCCUGGUUUCUGUACUAUUACACGUUUGGAGGCCUAUAUGUCGAUCAAGAGUACGGCCUGCCGGAUUUUUGGUGCAAAACUCAUCCCUAUUUCGCCGUUCACCUUCCUACAAUAUUUCAUACAGCUGCGAUAUGGUUGACAGUAUACUUGGCUAUUCAGCGAUAUAUUUACGUAUGUUUACCUUCGUUAGUUGUAAGGUUCUGUACCCCACGGAAAACGAGGCAUAUUAUAAUUUAUAUUUGCAUAUGCGCUUCUCUCAGUGAGCUCCCUGUUAUGUGUACCGAAUAUAGUGUGAGCGUAAUGACGUCGAACACGACAAGAAGCUGCUUUCACAAGGAUGUGGAUAUUAUCGAUUCGGUUAUAUCAGUGAAGGAUGUUUUCAGUGAGCUCCCUGUUAUGUGUACCGAAUAUAGUGUGAGCGUAAUGACGUCGAACACGACAAGAAGCUGCUUUCACAAGGAUGUGGAUAUUAUCGAUUCGGUUAUACCAAGCUUUCAGGUGAUUGGUGUCGACUCUUGGAAAGCGCUGAUAUUGUGCCUUCGUGCUCUACUAGUGCAUAUAUUGCCAUGUGUGCUGUUAAUCAUCUUCACUACGUGCCUUUUCAAGACGGUCAAUGAAGCCGAUCGCAAACGUAGUGUGCAUCAGCUGUCUGGACGUAAAAUGGUAAGUAGAAGUGGCUGUAGGUCGCAUCCGUUCCUCGUUUUAGCAGAAUCUGAAAUUUGA